AUGGUCCGAUUGCUGCGGAAUCCACUCUCUUAUUGUUGCAUUUCCCCUGUCAGUUUCGGUGCUUCUCAGAACUGUUCCACUCCGGCCAGUUUCGAUGGAUCUUCAGAGCUCCAUUCGGAGAAUCGGCCGUUAAAGCACUUUAUCACCUUUAGAUUUUUCACCAUUUUUGUCGCGGUUGCCUUUUUCCUUUUAACAUCUCUCCCUUUUCUCUACGUCUCCUCCUGCAAUAGUUCCCAUCAUCGUCUAGGUGAUUUGUAUGGGGUUCGAUCUAAUAAUAGUUCCAUUCUAGGCUUGAAAUCGAAUCCUUUUAGCUCAAGGGUAAAAGACACUGUUUUUGCACUGAAGGAGCAAUUAACCCAGGCAAGUAAGCAAGGUGCUUGGAUAGCUGCAAAGUCUAUUCCAGAGAGUAUGCAUUGUUUGUCAAUGAGGUUGAUGGAAGAACGCAUUGCACAUUCGAAGAAAUACUAUAUAGAUGAUGGGAAACCUACUCCAUUGGAGUUUGAGGAUCCUAAGCUUUAUCAUUAUGCAGCUUUCUCUCAUAAUGUGCUUGCUGCUUCAGUUGUUAUGAACUCAGCUGUAAAUAAUUCGAAAAAUCCAUCACAACACUUCUUUCAUAUUGUGACUGAUAAAGUGAACUUUUGGGCUAUGCAAGUUAUGUUCAAGAUGAAAGAUUACAGUGGAGCUCACAUUGAAGUGAAGGUUGUUGAAGAUUUUAAGUUCUUCAACUCUUCUUAUGUCCCAGUACUUAAGCAACUUGAAUUUGCAAUGAUGCAUGCAACCAAGGAUAAUAUGAAAUUUAGGAACUCCAUCCAUCUGUCAAUAAUGAACCACCUUAUGUUCUAUUUGCCCGAAAUGUAUCCCAAGCUGCACAGGAUUUUGUUCUUGGACGAUGAUGUAGUUGUUCAGAGGGAUCUGACAGGCCUCUGGAAAAUAGAUAUGGAUGGUAAGGUGAAUGGAGCUGUAGAGACAUGUUUUGGUUCAUUCUAUCGUUAUCGAUAAUUGAUGGAUUUCUCACAUCCAUUGAUUAAAAACAAGUUUAACCCCAAAGCAUGUGCAUGGGCUUUUGGAAUGAACUUCUUUGACUUUAAUGCUUGGAGGAGGGAGAAGUCCACUGAAGAAUACCAUUACUUGCAGAACAUGGUGAGAUGCACUACUAAUAUUUUGCAUAUUGAAAAUCGGACAUUAUGGAGAUUAGGAACAUUGCCUCCAGGUUUGAUCACAUUUUACUCCACAACAAAGGUACUUGAUAAGUCUUGGCAUGUACUAGACCCUCACUUUAAUCCAAGCGUCAGCAUGAAUGAUAUCGGCAAUGUCUCUGUGGUCCAUUUCAAUGGGAAUAUGAGACCAUGGCUCGAUAAUGCAAUUAACAAAUUUCGGCCUCUUUGGUCGAAGUAUGUUGAUAAAGAAAUGAGCAUGUGCAGGUAUGUAAUUUCAAGUUUGGUGAUGGUUGAACAUAUGCUUGAUGGAGUUAACAAGCUAGUCCUACGAGCAUCUCCUGUUUGGCUUGACACUUCUCCCUCACACGUGAAGUAAGUAUUCAAUUUUAAACUUACUAUUAUGUCUACCUUAGUUUUAGCAUUUUUCUUUUUCUAUGUCAAUUCAGUGUUUCAGUUUUCAAUUGUUCAUAAUUUUUUACCAUUCUUAGCAGCUGGGAAAAUUAUUUCAACUGAUCUCUUAGGUUUGA